CCAGGUGUCCAAUGGGCCGAGUGUCCAUCUGUCCAGGUGUCCAUCAGCCCAAGUAUCCAUCUGUCAAUCAGCCCAGCUGUCCAUCACCCCAGCCGUCAAUCACCCCAGCUGUCCGUCUGUCCAUCCGUCGCCCCGGCGACGCCACGCAGGGCGUUGACCCUGCCGGGCGCCGGGCCGGCCGCGACGGUGACGGCGUUGACGUUGGCCAACACGCCCACCCCGCUGGGCGCCACGGGCAGGGCGUUGGCCCCGCCGAUGUUGGCCAACGUGUUGACCCCGUUGACCCCAUUGGUCGCUGCAGUGACCCCAGCGGCCACCACGCUGACCCCGUUGGGCGCCACGUUGACCCCGUUGACGCCGUUGGCCGCCGUGUUGACCCCGUUGGUCGCUGCAGUGACCCCAGCGGCCACCACGCUGACCCCGUUGGGCGCCACGUUGACGCUGGCCACCGCGCUGACCCCGUUGGCCAACGUGUUGACCCCACUGGCCGCGUUGACCCCGUUGGGUGCCGUGUUGACGCUGGCCACCGCGUUGACCCCGUUGGCCACGGCGUUGACCCCGUUGGGUGCCACAUUAACCCCACUGGGUGACACGUUGACCCCAUUGGCUGCUGCGUUGACAUUAGCCACUGCGUUGACCCCAUUGACCACCACGUUGACCCCGUUGGCCGUGUUGACCCCACUGGCCAACACAUUGACUCCAUUGGCCACCGCGUUGACCCUG